AUGGGAAUACUGAAACGGAGCCACAGCCUCCUGCUACCGCUGGCGCUGGCGCUGACGCUCCGGCGGCGGUCUCGAACCCACUCGGGGUCGCGAGUGGUGUCGUCACCGCCAACCACGCCCGCCACUACCAGUACCAGUGAUUCAAAAGUGAACGUGUCGCUCUGGCUGCUAUUGCUCUAUGAGAUCCGAGGCGGCGACCACCCGUCACCGUCACCAGCGCUGUCCCGGGACAUCGAGGAGAUCGUCAACAUGACGCGGGUGCCGUACUACUUGGAGCGGUUCAUGGCGUUUGGUUUAGGGGUAUGUGUGUGCAGCUACCUCACCGUGUUUACCUUGGUGCCAUUGAAGCUAGUGGUGCAGUUGGUGAAGCUGCUAUGGGCCCGGAUAACAGGUGUCCGGACGCGUCCGCCAGACUCGCUCCGCCACGACGCCACGACGUUGGUCACCAUUGGCGGGGCGGUGUACUUGCUCAAUGUGGUGGUGGGACUCGAUAUCAGCCGCAUGUACCACGAUAUCCGCGGCCAGGCCCACAUCAAGUUGUACGUGAUGUUUGGGGUGCUUGAGGUCGCCGAUAAGCUUCUCCUGAGUCUCGGCCAGGACGUGCUGGACUUGCUUUAUUGUCGGGACAAUAGCAAGCUCCGGCGGGUGGUGGUGGCAGCGCUGGCGAUUGUGUAUUUGGCGUUUCACGCCUACGUGUUGGUGUACCAAACCGUCAGUCUUAACGUCGCUGCCAACUCAUACUCCAACGCGUUAAUGACGUUAUUGCUUUCCAACCAGUUUGCUGAGCUUAAAGGGAGCGUGUUCAAACGGUUUGAACGCGAGGGGCUCUUCCAAGUGGCGCUCGCCGACUUGUGUGAGCGGUACUCGCUUGGGCUUAUGAUCCUGAUCAUCGCCUCCCGCAACUUGCUCCAGCUCACCCGCAUGGGGCUGGACUCGUGGGAACUGCUCAUCCCCAACAGCUGGCUGCUGGCGUGGAAUAAUUUAGUGGGUGGCGCCAUCAUUGGCCCCGCCAUCGGCGUGUUUGGCCUGGAAAUCAUCGUCGAUUGGCUUAAGCACUGUUACAUCACCAAGUUCAAUAAGCUACGCCCACAGGUGUACCGCAACUUCCUCACCGUGAUCAGCGCCGACUAUAUUCUGAGCAUGGGCGACGGCGAUAGCCACAACUUGACCGACUACUUGGUGCACGUGCGGCGCAUCGGCAUCCCCUUGUACGCGCUGAUCGUGUGUCUGUUACUGAUGACGAUGGGCGACUUAAAGUACGUGUUGUUACCGGUACGAGGCACUUCAAUUAAAGCGGUGACGGCGAACUCAGUGGUGAUUCUCCUAGUGUUUUUGGCUCUUGUACUAAUACGCCUCAUCUUAGGGUUAGUACUCCUCAAACUGGCGGUGAGCAUCGUCAACCGGCGCCAGGUGGAGAACGUCAUCUUCCCCGGGGUGCCCAAUCCCGAAAUGUCGACAAUUAACCCUACGAGCCGCCAUUUACUCUACGACCCGUCAGAACCGGUACCUCCGGGGAACGAGGAGAAGCUGCGUCGCCGAGAUCGGGAUACCGACCUCGACUCGGUGAUGCGGUUCAAAAUGAGCAGCAAGCGCAUUUGGUGA